GAUGUCAGCUCUCGACGAAAAUAGAGAGGGAUCGCCUGCAAAUCCCCUGCUCCGGCGGGGCUAAACCUUGCAAUCCCUCCCCGACCGGCGCGGAGCCAGGGCGCAGCGGCCUCCACCGCCUCCUCCGGCGCGCACACACACCCACACACCCGCGCACGCACGCACACACUUCCCUGCACACCCACAGCACACGCACUCGCCGCCCUCCCCUGCCACCGUCCUCCGAGCCCGCGCUCCGCCACUCGCCCCGCGGCGAGCCCCACAGCAAAUACAGGUGGCAGCGGCGGCACGUCGUCCCUGCGCGCACUCCCGCAGCCCGGGGGACGGCGCUCUCUCGGGGAAGCCACCCUCCGAGGUCCCCCCAACGCCCCCCCGAGCGCCCAGCCAAGCCCCAGCGAGGCCGGCGGAGGGAGCGCGGUGCCGAGCGGAGACGCGGCUUAGCUCCGGCUGGAGCCUCUUGCGCCCGCUGAGGCGCUAAAGGGCUUACCCCGGAGGGGGGUGGAAGGGCGGGGAGAGGCUCCCCCUUAAAUACCGCGCUCGGCCACACUCGCGCGCUCACCCCGGCACCCGCUCACUUCUCGCCCGCCGCUGCCGGAUUGUGUCGAAGAGGAGGGGGCGUUCCCCAGGCCAUGGCAUCCACAGAAGGUGCCAACAACAUGCCCAAGCAGGUGGAAGUACGGAUGCACGACAGCCACCUCAGCUCGGAGGAGCUGAAGCCCCGGCAUCUGGGGCUGCGCUUGUGUGACAAGCUGGGGAAGAAUCUCCUGCUCACGCUGACCGUGUUCGGUGUCAUCCUGGGGGCGGUAUGUGGAGGGCUUCUUCGCUUGGCAUCUCCUAUCCACCCUGAUGUGGUUAUGUUAAUAGCCUUCCCAGGGGAUAUACUCAUGAGGAUGCUAAAAAUGCUCAUUCUGCCUCUAAUCAUCUCCAGUUUAAUCACAGGGUUGUCAGGCCUGGAUGCUAAAGCCAGUGGCCGCUUAGGCACGAGAGCUAUGGUAUAUUACAUGUCCACGACCAUCAUCGCUGCGGUGCUGGGGGUCAUCCUGGUCUUGGCUAUCCACCCGGGGAACCCCAAACUCAAGAAGCAGCUGGGGCCUGGGCAGAAGAAUGAUGAAGUGUCCAGCCUGGAUGCCUUUCUGGACCUUAUUCGAAAUCUCUUCCCUGAAAACCUUGUCCAAGCCUGUUUUCAGCAGAUUCAAACAGUGACAAAGAAAGUCCUGGUGGCCACUCCAUCAGACGAGGACAGCAAUGCCACCAAUGCUGUCCUCUCGCUGUUGAAUGAGACUGUGACUGAGCCGCCUGAGGAGACGCAGGUGGUUAUCAAGAAGGGCCUGGAGUUCAAGGACGGCAUGAAUGUCUUAGGUCUGAUAGGGUUUUUCAUUGCUUUUGGCAUUGCCAUGGGGAAGAUGGGCGAGCAGGCCAAGCUGAUGGUGGAAUUCUUCAACAUUUUGAAUGAGAUUGUAAUGAAGCUAGUGAUCAUGAUCAUGUGGUACUCUCCCCUAGGUAUCGCCUGCCUAAUUUGUGGGAAGAUCAUUGCAAUCAAGGACUUAGAAGUGGUUGCUAGACAACUGGGGAUGUACAUGAUCACGGUGAUUGUCGGCCUCAUCAUCCAUGGGGGCAUCUUUCUCCCCUUGAUUUACUUUCUAGUGACCAGGAAAAACCCUUUCUCUUUUUUUGCUGGAAUUUUCCAAGCUUGGAUCACUGCCCUGGGUACCGCUUCCAGUGCCGGAACUUUGCCCGUCACCUUCCGUUGCCUAGAAGAAAAUCUGGGGAUUGAUAAGCGUGUAACCAGAUUUGUCCUACCAGUUGGAGCAACCAUUAACAUGGACGGUACAGCCCUUUAUGAAGCCGUAGCCGCCAUCUUUAUAGCCCAGAUGAAUGGCGUCAUCCUAGAUGGAGGCCAGAUUGUGACCGUAAGCCUCACGGCCACGCUGGCCAGCGUUGGUGCAGCCAGUAUCCCCAGUGCCGGGCUCGUCACCAUGCUCCUCAUUCUGACGGCUGUGGGCUUGCCGACCGAGGACAUCAGCCUGCUGGUGGCUGUGGACUGGCUGCUGGACAGGAUGAGAACAUCCGUCAAUGUUGUGGGAGACUCUUUUGGGGCUGGGAUUGUCUAUCACCUCUCCAAGUCUGAGCUGGACACCAUUGACUCCCAGCACCGAGUGCAUGAAGAUAUUGAAAUGACCAAGACUCAAUCCAUUUAUGAUGACAUGAAGAACCACAGGGAAAACAACUCCAACCAAUGUGUCUAUGCUGCACACAACUCUGUCAUAGUAGAUGAGUGCAAGGUAACUCUGGCAGCCAGCGGAAAGUCAGCCGACUGCAGUGUUGAAGAAGAACCUUGGAAACGUGAAAAAUAAGGAUAUGACUGUCAGCAAAUUCUUGAAUAAACUCCCCAGCGUAUCUUAUGGUAAAAGAGGAUAUAAACAAGCUUUCUUUAAAAAGAAAAAAAAAUAUUUCUAUGUUUACUUAAUCUGUUAGCUGAGGCUUAGAGGAUCUGUUGUGAGUCAGUGAUAGGCACGGUGCUGUGUCUUUGCCAAAUAAUGCUUGGUAACCAUCUAAUCUUCUCACUUGUAUUAUUGUUUGAAUGGAUGCCGCUGGAGGAAUCAGUUUGAAUUGAAGACGCGUUCUUGCCAGCUUCCCUUUUCUCUCACGAUGCAGAACCGUGGAUGCUCUCUUCCCAGGGGACACGACUAAAGCCGUGUGGCACAUUCCAGGGAUUUGGAUUAAUGAGCAGACAGUCAGUGUGUUACUCCUUCCAAUGUUCUCCAUGCUUCACCUUGUAACACACAAGAGAUUCUGUUAGAAGGCUUCGGAAGUAAAUCCCCUUAAAUGUCUUGUAGCGUAUGUCCUUGUGUUGAUUAAAACAAAGUACCCAUCUUAAGGUACAAUUUCUCUUCUGUAUACGCUUUAAGUUAAAUGGCUAAAUGUUUCAAAGAGAGUCAUAGUGGGAGCCAUAUCUUAAAGGUAGCCGGUUAUGGAACCCACUGAGUCUCUGCUCUACCCCAUCUAGUUUAUGGAAAUAAUUGUUGAAUUUCAAAGUAGGGUUCAUAAUUUGCUCUAAAUUUGCUAAGGGAUUAGGAUGUAAUUUACAUAUAACUUCUGUAUAUAUUGACAAAAGUAAGAGAGCACAGUCAGCAUAAAUUUUAACCAGAGUCAAAGAUUCAAAUUUGUUUGUGUUUCGUUUGCAUCACCUGGCAUAGUGACAUCAAGUGACAUUAUUUGAUCUAGGCUUCAGUGUCUUUGUUUCGUUCAUACAAUUCUUAUUUGGGUCUCUACCAAAAAAAGACGUUCUUAAUCCCCAACUUAUUUCAGUCAUAUUCUCAUCAAACUAGAAGGCUUAAUCAUUUUACUCUCCUCACAGAUGGAGGAUAGUCGGGUUGGCUGUGCCUCUUUCAAUACUAAUCUCAUGAUAAAAACAAAACCAAAACACUGUUAGUUAUCUAAUAUGCGGAAAGCUUUUUGUUAUAUUAUAUCACAGCACCUAAAACCAGUUACAGGACACAGUUGGAAGCAGAGCCCAUCUUUUCCCCCAGUCUUCUCUGUGGAAAGGAACAGAAAACAAACAUAGGUGCAAAAUCCUAUAAAGGUGACAUUCUUAUGGCAAAGUCAGGGCAGCCUUGAACCAUGAAGUAGGAAAAAAGGUUGGCUCUACGGAACUUCACAGAUGGAAUCUUCUCAAGGCUGUGGAAGUUUGAGGGAAUACAUAAUAUAAUUGGAAUAGCCCAGUCGGUGCCUUGCAUGCUGUAGGCACCUCCAAGCUACAUUUUUCAACAUUUUCUGUUGAAUAACCCACAGUAUUUUCCUAAGGUUGCUGGCUUUAGGAGUUUGCUGAGGACUUGAGCAUGAAUCAUUGAGAAAUAAGCACAUUUGAC